AUGGAGAUGCUCCUCGAUAGAUCUGCCGACCCCCGCGCCGGUGAGACGAGGAAUCACGACAAGGCGAUGCAAGCACAUCGGCAAGAAGAUGAGUCUGAUGGCAAUGACACCGCAGCUCGCAACGCCGCUGAGAAAUCUACCGACUCGCCGCGACCGAUACAUGGAGUCAAGUGGCUCCUUGCUGUCGUUUCCCUUCAGGCCUCCUUCCUGCUCUACGCCCUGGACACGACUAUCGUGGCUACGAUACAGCCUGCCAUAGUCAACACGCUUGGAAGAGUCGACCUCGUCCCCUGGCUCGGCAUCUCCUUUGCCCUGGCUUCGGCCGCCAGCACUCUUACGUGGUCCAAGGCCUUUGGCACCUUUUCGGCCAAGAAGCUGUUCAUCGGGGCCACCACACUAUUCAUGGGUGCCUCGGCCCUGUGCGGCGGCGCUCCCAACAUCGACGCCUUCAUUGUGGGGAGGGCGCUUGCCGGCAUUGGGGGAACCGGCAUGUACAUGGGCAUCAUGACCAUUCUCUCCGUCAACACGAGCGACACAGAACGGCCCAGAUAUCUCAGCCUCACGGGCUUCUGGUGGGGCAUCGGCACCGUCUUGGGCCCCGUCGUCGGCGGCGCCUUCGCUCAAAGCGCGGCCACUUGGCGGUGGGCCUUCUAUCUCAACCUAUGCGUCGGUGCCGCCGUGGCUCCCAUCUACUUUGUAGUGCUCCCCGACCACAGUCCUCUGCCCGGUGUUCCGCUACGCGUCCGCCUUCUCAUGCUGGAUUACCUCGGGGCCCUGCUUUCCUCCGCCGCUUUCCUGUGCAUCAUCAUGGCCAUGAACUUUGGCAGCAUUCUUUGGCCAUGGAACGACGGCCGCAGCAUUGCCCUAUUUGUGCUCUCGGCCAUCUUCUUCGCUGCCUUCUGUAUCCAACAGGCCUAUGUCAUCGGCACCUCUCUCGAUCACCGAGUUUUUCCCAUGCAUUUCUUCAGGAAUCGCACGCUGAUUAUCCUCUUUCUGACCAUGAUGUUUGCGGCCUUUGGAUGCUUCAUCACCCUCUAUUACCUCCCGCUUUACUUCCAGUUCACGCGCGGUGCCACAGCCUUGCAGACCUCGGUCCACUUGCUUCCACUCAUUCUUUGUUCUUCGGCAGCCGUGCUCAUCAAUGGCCAGUUCAUGGGGAAAACGGGCCACUAUUUCCCGUGGUAUCUUUUUGGUGCUGCUCUCCAUCUCAUCGGUGGUGCUCUGCUUUAUACAAUAGACGAAAACACAGCCAAUGCUAGAGUCUACGGCUACACCAUCAUUCUCGGCGUUGGCGUUGGCUGUUACUGCCAGGCCGGGUUUCCAGUGGCCCAGAUGAAGGUUGCAGCCAAAGACAUUCCUUCGAGCGUUGGCUUCAUGACGGUGAGCCAAAUGCUGGGCAUCGCUUUGGGCACCGGAAUGUCGGGCGCUAUUUUCGUCAACUUCGCGAACCAUGGUCUGGAGCGCUUGUUUCCCAACGCCACGCCCCAAGAGAUAUCUUCUGCCCUGGCCGGCGUGGGAAGCGAGCUGGUCAACUCCUCGGGAUCCGAUGUGGCCGCAGCAGCCAUUCAUGCGAUUGCGAGGGCCAUCCGGUCUGCAUUUGUCCCAGUUCUAGCGACCGGCGCACUCUCCCUCAUCUGCAGCCUAUUUAUGAAACGGGAGAAAGUGUUUGGAUAA